GCUCGUGCUGUGAAGGGGGAUGGGAUGGGGCCACUCAGAGCUCUCGUGCUCUACUAACUCGGCGCGCUCAUUAAUCCUAGUUUUCUCCUUUAUAUCGAUGCUGUUUUGAAUUAAAAUUAACCUUUCCCAUUACCGCAUGUGUUACGUGGCAUCAGAAAAGCAAAAAAUAUCGGUCUGCGAUUGAAUUUUGGUGCAGAAAGCGUUUAAAAUGUAUCCCAUUGGAGCAGCUGGUGCUGCUGAGCUGUGUCAGGGACCUCAGUCUUCAGGGUCAGAUGUUUCUGCUCCCCUGUCUCCUCCAGCACAAGAGUAUGUCUUCAAACCACCUCAACGGCCAGACUUUGGCACAAUGGGUAGAACAAUCAAGCUUCAGGCCAACUUCUUUGAAAUGGAAAUACCCAAGUUGGAGGUGUACCAUUACGACAUAGAUAUAAAGCCUGAGAAAUGCCCACGGAGAGUUAACCGAGAAAUUGUUGAGCACAUGGUCCAGCACUUUAAGACACAGAUCUUUGGAGAUCGAAAGCCUGUGUAUGAUGGAAGGAAGAAUCUUUACACUGCCAUGCCUUUACCCAUUGGAAGAGACAAAGUGGAGCUGGAGGUCACAAUUCCAGGCGAAGGAAAAGACAGGAGUUUUAAAGUAGCUAUAAAAUGGGUGUCUUGUGUGAGUCUGCAAGCUCUACAUGAAGCACUGUCUGGACGGCUACCAAAUAUCCCCUUUGAGACCAUUCAGGCUCUGGACGUUGUCAUGAGACAUUUGCCCUCUAUGAGGUACACCCCAGUCGGACGUUCAUUCUUCACUCCCUCUGAGGGCUGCUCCAACCCCCUCGGUGGAGGAAGAGAAGUUUGGUUUGGCUUUCAUCAGUCUGUUCGACCAUCCCUCUGGAAGAUGAUGCUCAACAUUGAUGUGUCUGCCACUGCAUUCUACAAAGCUCAACCUGUGAUUGAGUUCAUGUGUGAGGUUUUGGAUUUUAAAAGCAUCGAAGAGCAACAGAAGCCCUUAACGGAUUCCCAGAGAGUGAAGUUUACCAAGGAAAUCAAAGGUCUGAAGGUUGAAAUCACUCACUGUGGACAGAUGAAGAGAAAAUACAGAGUGUGUAAUGUGACAAGGAGACCAGCCAGCCAUCAAACGUUUCCAUUGCAGCAAGAGAAUGGUCAGACCAUUGAAUGCACUGUCGCCCAGUACUUCAAGGAUAAGUACAAACUGGUGCUGCGAUAUCCACAUCUCCCAUGUUUACAAGUUGGUCAGGAGCAGAAACACACCUACCUUCCGUUAGAGGUCUGUAACAUAGUAGCCGGACAGAGAUGCAUAAAAAAACUGACAGACAAUCAGACCUCCACUAUGAUACGUGCCACAGCCAGGUCUGCGCCUGACCGCCAGGAUGAGAUCAGCAAACUGAUGAGAAGUGCCAACUUCAACACCGAUCCUUAUGUGCGUGAGUUUGGAGUUAUGGUAAGAGACGAGAUGACUGAGGUCAAUGGUCGUGUUCUUCAAGCACCUUCAAUUCUCUAUGGUGGAAGGAACAAAGCAAUAGCAACCCCAGUCCAGGGUGUGUGGGACAUGAGGAACAAGCAGUUCCACACAGGGAUCGAGAUCAAAGUGUGGGCUAUUGCCUGCUUUGCCCCGCAGAGGCAGUGUACAGAACUUCUUCUGAAGGCAUUUACUGACCAGCUUCGUAAGAUAUCACGUGAUGCUGGGAUGCCCAUUCAGGGCCAGCCGUGCUUUUGCAAAUAUGCCCAGGGAGCAGACAGUGUGGAGCCCAUGUUCAAACACCUCAAGUACACAUACCAAGGCUUACAGUUGGUGGUGGUCAUCCUACCUGGGAAGACUCCGGUUUAUGCUGAGGUGAAGCGUGUGGGAGACACUGUUCUUGGCAUGGCCACGCAGUGUGUCCAGGUGAAGAAUGUACAGAAAACCACACCUCAGACCCUUUCCAACCUCUGCCUCAAGAUUAAUGUCAAACUGGGUGGAGUCAACAACAUUCUUCUUCCACAGGGCAGGCCCUUGGUGUUUCAGCAACCAGUCAUCUUUCUGGGUGCAGAUGUGACUCAUCCACCAGCUGGAGAUGGCAAGAAACCCUCAAUUGCAGCUGUUGUUGGCAGUAUGGAUGCCCACCCAAGCCGAUACUGUGCCACGGUGCGGGUGCAGCAGCACCGUCAGGACAUCAUUCAGGAUCUAGCCACCAUGGUGAGAGAGCUGCUGAUCCAGUUCUACAAAUCCACACGCUUUAAACCAACGCGCAUCAUCUACUACAGAGACGGCAUCUCAGAAGGCCAGUUCAACCAGGUUCUACAGCAUGAAUUGCUGGCUAUUCGUGAAGCCUGCAUCAAGCUGGAGAAAGAUUAUCAACCAGGCAUCACCUUCGUAGUAGUGCAGAAGAGACACCACACCAGGCUCUUCUGCAUGGACAGGAAUGAACGGGUUGGAAAGAGUGGCAACAUCCCUGCUGGUACCACAGUUGACACCAAAAUUACUCAUCCGUCUGAGUUUGACUUUUAUCUUUGCAGUCAUGCCGGAAUUCAGGGAACCAGCAGGCCGUCCCACUAUCACGUGCUGUGGGAUGACAACCAUUUCACCUCUGAUGAGCUGCAGGUCCUCACCUACCAGCUGUGCCACACCUACGUGCGCUGCACCCGCUCUGUCUCCAUUCCUGCACCUGCCUACUACGCCCACCUGGUGGCGUUUCGUGCUCGCUACCACUUGGUUGACAAAGAACAUGACAGUGCUGAAGGCAGUCACACGUCAGGUCAGAGUAAUGGCAGAGACCAGCAAGCCCUGGCCAAAGCUGUGCAGAUCCACCAGGACACACUGCGUACCAUGUACUUCGCCUGAACAUAGCCAGAAACAAGCCCCACAUCCUGAAACAGCACGGUGUGUGUGUGUCUGUGUGUAUUUUUGUGUUUGCCUCAACUGUAUAAAUGAGAACCUUCAAACGGGGGGGAAAAAACCCAAGAAUCUCCAUGCUGUUAGGUUUCCAAUUGUCCACGUAGCCAAUUUCCAUACAAACAAAAUAUCCAUGAUUUUUAGAACUGUAAUAUGUGAUUUUAUUAAUUUAUCUUUUUCUUUUUGGUUUGGAGGGCAUGGUUAUGUGUCUCUGUUGUACAUGUGCAUGUCAGAUUAGAGGUUAACAUGUUUACAUAGUCAAUCCAAAAAUUCAGACUAUUUUUACACUGAAAGUUACAUUUGCAUCCGGGUGGGCUUGAUUCAAUACUAUUGCCAAGGCUGGUGAUGGAGACUGUCGAACAGUAGUUUUUACAAACUCAUCAAACCAAUGGGUUCGGGUUAGUUUAGGACAACACAGAUCAGGUUUAGGGGUUGUGGGGAUGCAGUUUCCACAGCUAAAUUAUUUAUCAGCAAAAGCAAGUGCACUGACCAGAUGGGGACUUCAGGACAAAAGUACUUAUCCUGUUUUGUUUCAUUUAUUUGUGCUAAUAUGAAUUAUUUUUUAUCGUGGUGUCAUUUAUUUUUCAUUCCAGGGCUCGGUCAUCCUACUGUACCUGUCCGCCAAUGACAUGAUCGACCGAGCACUAUCAUGUGCUUGUAUCAUAAAAUUUGAACACAGUAUGUGCAGAAUCAAGAAUGCAUUUGGAAGUGAGAAUGUAGGAAUUGUUCUGACAAUCAGUUUUCUGGCGCCCUGCUGCUCACAUGAGACUGGUUCUCAUAAGUGAAGCCCUCCGUUUACCUGCGCCGGGGUUCUUAGUGCGGAAACAGCUCUGGAAUAUGGAUAAUUGUCAUGAAAAGUACUAAUAUCUUGGGGCUCUAAGCAUUUAGAUGAGAUUAUCUUGUGCAUACUUUAAAUUCUACUGCCAUGAGCAUUUCUUUUAUUUGUUCGCUGUGAUUGUAACCUAAGGUUUCAGUGGUUUGGGUGUAUGAGUUAAAUUUCUAAAACUCCCUUAAGGAAAAAAUACCAUCACCUUUCACUUUAAGCACCUGUUCUGAAAUUUUCAUUAUGAUGUUGUCAAAUCUUCCCCACACUGAAACGCAAAGCCAGUUUUGUGCUGAACAUUGGAGAAUCUGGAGCCCUCAGAUUUGCUUGGUUCUGUGCACGGUUUCUAAUGGUGAAGUUUGACUGUACUACGCUGGCCAGGUUUAAAAGCUGUCAUCGCACUCCAGCUGGCCAUACAGGCAAUCAAGACUUUUUUUUUUAAAGAAUCACACAGAACACAUACAGUUGCAUUGACACAAAGUCAGAGUGAAAAUUUCAAAUGCACCUUAGUAGUUUUUUUUUUUUUUUUAAACCAAGAAUCUCUAGCUUAUAACUUAGAGGUUUCCAUGAGAAUAUAAAAAAAUCCCUUUUUAACACUCUAGAUACAUUCUUUUUAGAUGUAUAAACCUAAAUGAAUUUGUGAAAUCUAGUUUUUCUUUGAGAAUUUUUGUAGAGUAACAGGGUGGGGCCAUUAGGCGAGUUAGAUUUUUGUUGCUUAACUGAAUAGAAAAUGUAUUUAGUUUGAAUCCAAACUUAGUUCAAAUUGAAGCGCAAUACGUUGUGUAUGUGUCGGUAAACUGUUUUCAUGUAAACAGUCUUAUCCUUUCUAAAGCAUAUCAUCAUGAUGUGUAGUGAUUUAUUGAGUCUUGUUAGUGAAAUAACUGUAAGAUCACUUCCCCAAAUAAUUCUUCAAUUUUAACUUGAAAUUCUUGAAAUCUUUAACCAUCUUUUUCUAACUAUGCAUUCUUAACCAAGAGAUUUUAGUGGUUUGUUUGUGUAUAUGAAUUUUAAAUAUAGAACAUUUGUAAUGUAGUCAUUUUCAUGCUGGGUACUUUUAGUAGUGUAAAUAGUGCAAACCUUGUACCCACUGUAGCAGUAUUAGCUUACAAAAUACUCUAUUUUUAUUAUCAACAAUUGGAUGUUCUUUAUAUGGCUCUCAAUUAUUCCUGUUAGCCGAACAAGAUUACAUAUGUACUUGUAGUUAAUGUCCUACCAUAACUGAAGCACAAUGGGACAUUAUAAUUGUAGGUGCUAGAGUUUAUUCUUGAGACUACCAUUUUUUUUUUUUUAAGUAUCUUGUUUAACUUCAACUUUUAAACAAGAAUCACAGACCUGUCAGAGAGCUUAAUCGGUAUGUUUGGUUUUUGAUCUGGUGAAAUCUAUGACUUUUGACCCUGAAACCCUGACCCUUCUUUUUCUAAACCCAACAGACUGUGUAUAAGGGGCAUUUUAAUUUAUCUUCAAAUACUUGACUAGAGUUAUGUUGUUAUUUGGCGCUGAUCUCGUAACUCGUGAAAGUAGAUGCACUUUGAAGAGCAAUGGACACAGACCCCUAGUUCCGGUGCUUAUCUGGAUCAAGAGUGUGUGUUAUCUGGGUGCAGUUGUGUGGAAAUGACUAGAUGUCCUACCUCUUGUUACCUGUUACUUGUAUUAUGGUAACAUUACCGCACUGGUCAUUUCCUCAUAAUUGCACUAAUGGGGAAUGUCGUCUUUUCGUCCCUCUGAAAGUGAAAGUGGUAGAUGUCACAGAAAAUCUUGAACGCAUCUUUAAUUAAUAUUUUUUCAGAGGCCAUACCUGCUGCCAUUUAGCCUAGAUGAUUUAGCAUUGCUUUUGUUUUCUGAUGGUAGUUUUAAGCUAUGUAUUCAAAGCUACAAUUGACUGCUGCAAGUUUCAGAUGUCAAACAUUUGAUGUUUCAUAAGUCAGACAUGAAUCCAAAAGAUCAUUAUAUGCUUUCCGCGAACAAGUGGCUUGAUGCUUUUGUGUGCUCAGUAAGCUAUACAAAUUUUCAUAAAUGUAUAGUGUGGAUUUCAGUUUCGUCAUUUUCUGUCCUUUCUAAAUUGCAGCGCAUUGUCGCUUUAUCCAUAUACUUGUUUGAAUGUGUCACAGUUUUCUUAACUUUAGGUUUGAAUAAUAGUAUUUAUCACACAGCAACAAAAACAUGAUGAAAUCAUUGCUCAAACUACUACUUAUAGAUAUUCUCUGGAACAAUCUGAUUUUUUUUAAAACCAUUCUUUUCAUCCUCAUUACCUGCUUUAGUGAUUUUUUUUUUUUUUUUUUUUAGAAGUUACUGAGUUUUAGUAUUUUAACCUUUUUGAAAUUCAGCACCUUAGUCACAGGUCUACAACAUAUGCAAUUUCUCAAGUAUGAAAUAUGAGAUGUUUUUGCACUAUAUCAGAAGAGGUGUUACUAAUUUGUAUACUGGUGGACAGAUUGUAAGUUUAUAGAGAAGAACCAUCAAUAUUAGAAUAGUCUUGGCCUUGUUUCUUUCUUCACAUACAAUCAUAUUGGCACUAAUCUAUUAAAAAUUAACAGACGUAAGAAGGUCUCGAGUUCUUACACUAUGCAAAAACUCAUUUCCAUUCAGAGCCGUCACUGUUUAUAUAUAGGGGUCAAAUUGUUGGAUUUUGUCUGAAUUCUGUCAUGCAUACCAAAUUGAGUUAGGGACUUUUGAGUGAACGCAAGUCUCACUUGUUUGUUUUUGUUUGUUUUUUUUUCAUUCCCUCCUUCCACAAUACAAUCAACUGAUGUUUUUAGCAAUCUGACGCAAAUGCUUGAUUCAAAUAAAUCCGUUCAAAUAUCCGUGAAUGCAAAUGUAAUGGAGGCCAAGGAUUAAGGGAGGAGAAUGAAGUAUGGUGCUGGUUUUGUAGAGAUUGUCGUGUUAAUCUAUGCUGCAGCGUCUCUGUUUCAAUUCUUAAGAGGCACAUACAGUGUUAACUGAAAAUUGAAAUGGUGCCUCAAUUUCCCUGGAAACUUUGAAUUAUUUAUCAAUGUUAUGCCAUUAACAUUGUCUCUUGAGUCGUCUUUUCUAGAGUAUUGUCUUUUGCUGCUUGAGUGAAGCUUGUAUAUUGCUUUGGCGAAGUAUCUUUCCAGCUUUGUGUGGGGUUACAGUGUCCACAUGCCUCUUCGCUUUACGCAUUAUGGUUUGAAUAAAAUUAGUUAGUUGCGUUGAUUCCUAGUUCGUGCCCCGAUGACUUUCAAAUUGUAAUUUCAGAUAUUUAUUUUUUUUAUUAUUUUUUUUUUUAUUCAUGCCAGACAAAAAAAAAGCCAGUCUCAUCAAAAGAAUCGUGCCCCUCAGCUUGAUGGUCAGAGGUGGUCUUUUAAACUUAGCUAAUGUAUUCGCAUUAGAACUUUGCACUAUAGUGUUCCGAAGCAGAAAUCUAAGCCUCUCUCUACAUACCAUGGUAGUUUUGUUACUGUACUCUGCUUUUUAAUUCCUAAGGUAGCAAGUUUAAAAUACGCUACCUUAUAACCUGCUAAAACCAUAAGGAUACAAACGAUCAGUUUGAAUGUACUUCAUACGCCUGCAUACUGGUUAAGAACAUCCACGUUAUUUUCAUCUGUUUGCUCCACUUUGUUUUAUGCAUGCACAUUUUAAGCAGCAUUGAAUCGUUGGGCUUUUAUCCAUGAACUGUAUCUCACCAUUCAUGGUUGUGAUGUACUAAAUAUGGGCAGUUUAUUCAGAUUACACACUGGCACAAAGAUCCUUGUAUCGCUGACGUUUGUGGUGCUGUACUGUAAAAAGUGUACAUAAGGCAGUGUUUUGGUGUUUUGUGUUUUUUGCCAUGUACUACUUGUAUGUUUGCCGGAAUUUCCAACUCAAGUUUCAUCCAAAGGGUUUUUGAGCUAUAACACCCAUGUUCACGUAUCAACCCAAUAAGCCAAAUUCACUUUCAUUGAAGCCCUUUUGCUUUACCAGCAAACACUCUGUGGUGGUCCUGUAAUCAUGACAGUGGUACUUGCUGAGCCUCAGUUCAUUGUGUGCACAAACUAAACCUCUACUCAGUUUAGUGACAGGUCAGUUGCCAUUCAGCUAGUUGUUUAUUGGGUUUCAAAACGCUUUUAGGAUCCCCCCUUUCUAAGUCCUAAACUAGUUUUAAAACUAGUCUAAAAUGACCAAAAUUGAAGCUUGUUGUGAGGGAUAAAAAUAUUGCAAAGUGUCCUGUUAAAGAGCACAGUUCCAUUAGUUCAUUACAUGCUAACAUGUUAUUUAUUCAAAUAUGAGCAUGCAUGUAAGAUGAAAAUGGGGUCUUGAGACUGAUUUAUAGGAAUAAUUGAGAGCUUCAUCAUGACCUGGCUUUUUAAACCAACUUUGAAAACUACCUCAAUAGUGUCAGGUGCUAACAUUAAAAUAUCCCUUAUACAUAUAUGUAUAUGUGCUCAUGACAAAGAACAAUAAUUGUGACCAAACAACACAAGCCUAUACUGUGUGUUAAGUGUUUAGUUCUCUUUCUUUUUUUUUCUUUUUUUUCUUCAAGCGAUUUUUAAAAAAAAUGUGUAUGAUGGAUCAACAUGAGGGACGUUUUAGCAUGCAACAAAAUUGCAGGGGACCAAAAUGAAUUUGAUUUGAAAGUUUCCCUUUUUAAAAUGUAGUGAUAAAUACUCAUCAGCUUUUAGAGGUACAUUACAAUCUUUUGAGUGGAGCUGUUCUCAGAUCCUCUGGUUGUAUCUAUGGAGAACAAAUCAGAAUUCAGGCCAAGAUGAUUGCCAAAACAUGGCGGUUAAGUUGUUGUUCUUUUCUGGAUCUUGACUGAGUUGAGUUGAUCUGGUAUGUGGCAGUGUCAUCUCCAUGUCCGUCACUAGCAUUGUGCCAUAUUAUGGAUAACAUACUGGACAAGAAAUGUCCAAUGACCACUGCUCUGUGUUUAAUGUAUGUUUGGGGAAAACUGACAACAUUUUCUUAUGAAGCAGCUUGUCAACCUGUGUCAAAUGGCAAUCGUUGAGCUUUACUGUCGUUGGAGUGCUAGCACUCUACUUGAUUCUUCUACUUGAUUUAUAUCCAGUAUUGCAAUAAAGAUGUUUCGCACUCAUUAGACCCUGAUCCGUUUGAUGAAAGUUCUACGACGAGUCUGCGAUAAGCUAUUUGUAUUUAAAUAUUGUCAUGUGAGACUUUGGAGUGCUAUUCAUUGCAAUUGACAUGUAUUUACCUUGCUACAUUUUAUGAAGGGAAUUCAAUUUUGAUUUGAUGUCUCUCAGACUCUGAUUAAGGAUGCGUUUAGCAUCCUAAUACACUGGCAUUUGAGUUUCUUGAGAGAAGAAUAUUAAGGUACAAAGAGGUUGUAUGGAAAUCAUUCAGAUUCUUGUUUUUCAUCAGUGAGCUUAAAAACGUCCAGCGUGUUUUUUUUUUUGUCGUAUUUGUGCCUUUUUAAAAUCUCUCCCACUCCUGAUUGAGGGACUAUCCUUUUAAUUUGAUACUCAGCGCCACAUUGAAUAAUUUGUACAUUUAUCAUGCAACCUUGAGUGAAUGCUGCAUAGAAUGAUCAGUAUUUGUAUUUUGCACUUUCUAAGCAGUUUUAAAGGAUGCCCUGUUGUAAUUGGGCACACAGACUAAGACUAUUUAAGACGAGGUAUUUUCUGCUACAAUAGGAAUUCUAAGGAACCAUAUGACUUGUUGGUCUUUUCGAAAAAUAAAGUGUAUAGAUGUGAAGUACCUCAUAAGCCUGAUAAAUGCUGCAUAAACUUCAUUUAUUGUUCUUUUGUGAACCUCAUUUCAAACAAUUUCCCCUAUAGGGAGGUUUGAUGCUCACAAGCUGUGCAAGCACCUUCUGAAUUAUGUGAUUGACCAGAGCCGCUAUUUAAAAGAUUAGCAGCGAUGCACAUCGAAUGCAAUUCUGACAGAUUUUUAGUCAUAUUCACUGACAUGAUACAAUAUUACCGAGCCUCUAGCUUGAGCAUUGCUCAGUUGAUCAUGACUAUUAGAUAUGUAGUGACGUCUUGCAGUCAAAAGUUACAGUUGACUCAGGUAUUGCCAUUAAGGGCUGUAUCUGCUAUUGCCUCUCGUCCUCAAUCCCCUCACCUGUGUCUUAAUGUAGCCUUAGAACUGCAUUUAUGGAUGGAACAUAAAGUAUAUCUGGCCUUAAAAUAUGCACUAUUUACCACAACAUGCAAGUCUCUACAAAUCAGGCCAUAUGUUUUUGCCAUAAAACUACCUCCUGAGAAUGUAGGAGUGUUCUGGAACUGACAGAUGGCUUUUUUUAUUCCUCCAAAUUGUACUCUGUUAGUUGACAAUCAUCUUUUUCUUUUUCUUUUUUUCAUAAUUAAGUUACAGUUGAAAUUCCAGGACACUCUUGUUGAUUUUUUAUUUUAUUUUAAUUUUUUUUAAAACCAUAUUCAUUCUAGUGAUGGAAAGGCCAAGCGACCAAAGUUUCUAUUCGAAGGCUUUCUUGCACUGCGUCGUGGUGUCAAACCUCCCUCUCACAUCAGCAAUUUAUCUUUUAUUUAACCUUGUUUGCUCCUUUAUAACAUGCCAAAUUAAAUUUGCUGUCAUUCCUGUCAUGAAUUCUUUCAUUUCUGAUUGAUGUUUGCAUUCACUGCUAAGCUCCUUGUUGUUGUUUCUUGAUAAUGUAAAGUGUGAGCUUUUUUUUUUUUUUUUAAACAAAUAAAAUUACAAACCAAGAUAUGCUGUAAACCCUGCUAAGACAUAAUGUGAAAACGUAUCAUUUAAUAUAGCUCACUUUUGCUUGACUGUGUAUUGCAUCAUUUAAUAAACUUAAUUUCCUCUGA